UGCUGCCCACGAAGGAAGUGGACAUCAGCCCCAAACAGGACGAAGGCGUGCUGAAGGUCAUCGAGAGUGAGGACACAGGUACAGAGAUGCCCAUGAUUGGGGACUGAGCCUUUGUCCACUACACUGGCUGGCUGUUAGAGGGCACAAAGUUUAACUCCAGUCUGGAUUGCAAGGACAAACUCUCCUUUGACCUGGGAAAAGGGGAGGUCAUCAAGGCUUGGGACAUUGCCGUAGCAUCUGUGAAGGUGGGGGAGGUGUGCCACAUCACCUGCAAACCAGAAUAUGCCUAGGGUUCAGCAGACAGUCCUCCAAAGAUCCCCCCACAAUGCCACGCUUGUGUUUGAGGUGGAAUUGUUUAAGGAAGAAGAUCUGACGGAAGAGGAAGAUGGGGGAAUCAUCCGCAGAAUAGGGACUCACGGUGAAGGCUAUGCCAAGCCCAAUGAGGGCGCUAUGGUGGAGGUUGCACUGGAAGGGUACUACAAGGACCAGCUCUUUGACCAACAGGAGCUUCGCUUUGAGGUUGGUGAGGGGGAGAACCUGGAUCUGCCUUAUGGUCUGGAGAGGGCCAUUCAGCACUUGGAGAAAGGAGAAUAUUCCACUGUGUACCUCAAGCCCAGCUAUGCUUUUGGCAGUGCUGGGAAGGAAAAGACCCAAAUCCUGCCAAACGCCCAGCUGAAAUAUGAAUUACACCUAAAGAGUUUGGAAAAGGCCAAGGACUCUUGGGAAAAGAAUUCAGAACAGAAGCUGGAACAGAACACUAUAGUGAAAGAGCAGGGCAGUGUGUACUUCAAGGAAGGCAAAUACAAGCAAGCUUUACUACAGUGUAAGAAGAUUGUGUCCUGGCUGGAAUAUGAGUCCAGUUUUUCCAGUGAGGAAGCACAGAAGUCACAGGCCCUUCGACUGGCCUCUCCCCUCAACCCGAUCAUGUGUCAGCUGAAACUACAGGCCUUCUCUGCUGCCAUUGAAAACUGUAAAAAGGCCCUAGAACUGGACAGCAACAACGAGAAGGGCCUCUUCCGCUGGGGAGAGGCCCAUCUGGCGGUGAAUGACUUUGAACUGGCUCGGGCUGACUUCCAGAAGGUCUUGCAUCUCUGCCCCAACAAUAAAGCGGCCAGGACCCAGCUGGCUGUGUGUCAGCAGCGGAUCCGCAGGCAGCUUGCCCAGAAGAAGUAGCACUAUGCCAACAUGUUUGAGAGGCUGGCUGAGGAGGAGAACAAGGCCAAGGCAGAGGCUUGCUCAGGAGACCAUUCCACUGACACAGAGAUGAAGGCGGAGCAGAAGAGCAACACGGCAGGGAGCCAGCCUCAGGUGGAGACAGAAGCGUAGCCCUUCUCCACCAGCCCUACUCCUGAGGCUGCUUGCCCCCCAGUCUCCCUACCCCACCCUGUUAGUUUUCUAAAAACUAAAGAAUUUUG